GCCAGUGUACGGAAGUCUCGCCACCCACUUCAAAGAUGGAGGACGAUAUCUCAGAUUUGAGCCGACCACAAAUGUACUUGUUUGGUUGCACCCUCAAAUCGGACAAACGGGAGUUCAAAGUUGACGUAGACGACGAUGAUACGGAGCAACAGCUGUCACUCAAAGCAGUGUGUCUGGGAGCUGAGGCGGAGGAUAAGUUCCAUAUGGUGGAAGUCGAGGGCCUCACUUAUGAUGGAAAAACGACCAAAGUGCCACUGGUCGUACUGAAGCCGUCCGUCCUGCCAUCUAUGAGUUUAGGUGGAUUUGAGAUCACUCCUCCGGUUACCUUCCGUCUCCAGUCUGGCUCUGGACCAGUUCACAUCAGCGGGCAGCACUUUGUUAGUGUGAAGGAUUCAGAUGAUGAAGAAGAGGAGAACAACACGUCGCCAGUGAAACGACCUGCAAGCCUGAUGUCGGGGAAGAAGCCGCCGCAGAAAAAACUAAAGAUGGAUUCCGAUGAAGACGAUGAAGAAGACAGUGACGAAGACGAUGAUGAUGAUGAUGACGAAGACGACAGCGAUGACAACGUUGUGAAGCCUCAGAAAAAUGUUGGGAAAGAGCUUGAAAAGAGGUCAGAGUCUUCAGCAAAGAAGCCCAACAAGACUCCAGUGAAACAAAACGGCCCUGCAGGGAAACCGUCAGGAUCCGCGGUCAAACCACAGAUUAAGACACCUGCCGCAGGAAAAGACAAACUCCAGGCCGGCCCGUCGAAAUCUCCCUCUCUGCCUGAGAUUAAGAGCAAGUUGUCGACAGCAGCCAAGGAAGGGAAACCCCUACCGAAGACGGAGCAGAAGUUUGAGAAUUUCGUGAAGAGUUCUUUUAAAAUCUCAGACAAAAAAGUGGUCAAGGACCUCUGGAGUUUUGUACAAACACUGAAGAUUGAGAAGAAGUAACAAACCUUGUGCUCCGGAGCAUUUGUAUGUUUUGCAUCCUGCAGGACAUUUAAAGGCACAGUCAGCGAGAUUUCCUACUCAGCCUUAUUGUGUCAUCAUUGCUAACUUUGAAUCGUAGCGAGCAGAGGGACAGUGCUGAGAAAGGGUAAAGCCAUUAAUGAAUCAGGUGUCAUCGUUCUUUUUUCUUUUCUUUUUCUUUUCUUUUUUUUUUUUUAGAUGCGAAGCACCUUUUUGUUGUCACUCACAAAAUCACUCACUCGUGUUUAGCAGACUGCAGAUUAACCACAGGCUGAAACUGUCUGCUUCAUCACAUGCCAAUCUGCACCACCUACAGGGAAGGAACAUAAUAGCAGCGCCAAUUAAGACCUGCAGAUGUCUGGAUGUCUGUUGGUUGCUUACAGGACAGAAAUAGCUGCUGCAAUUUUCAACACUUGUCCCGCCUGCAGGCAAUAAAUGUUGCACCUGCAGCUUUUUUUAUAGCUGCAAUAAAUGAUGAGAUAUGUAAAUUAUUUGGUAACAAAAGAGUUUAAAAUUCAAGUAUUUAGAGCCCAAGACAGACCAGACAAACCUCUUGAUCUGACCUCGUUUUUACACAGAAACCAGCUGUCUGUGGGGUUUGCAACAGUACUAGUAUAUUUUUUAUGCUACCUGGAGUCACCCCAGAUAAAAAAAAAAAAAAAAAAAGUCU